GCUUGGUGAAAUCGGGUGGGAUAUGAAAAGUCUUGAAGAAUUACUCAUUGAAAAGAAGCCAACAGGCAUCCGAGUUGGGCUUGCGGGCGCUGCGGAGAAGUUACCGGAGUUAAACGAACCAGUCCGUUAAAUUCCGUUUUUUUUUCCACUUGGACGAACAAACAGGGCAGCUGCAAUGUGGAUUCAGGUGCGUACUAUGGAUGGGAAAGAAACCCAUCGGGUGGACGCGUUAUCCAAACUCACCAAGGUGGACGAGCUGCGUCUGAAGAUCUCGGAGCUCUUCAAGGUGGAGCCCGACCGGCAAAGGCUCUUCUAUCGUGGCAAGCAGAUGGAGGACGGACACACCAUCUUCGACUACAACGUGGGCCUGAACGACAUCGUGCAGUUGCUUAUCAGACAGAACGCGCCCCCUGCUGAAGUAGCCAAAAACAAGGACAAAGAAGCCGAGCUCUCGGACUCCGAUUCUGGCUGCGGCUCAACACAGAGCGAGUCUGACAAGAGCUCAACUCAUGGCGAGAUGGAGGUUCAGACCGCCGGCACCUCCGCUCAAACAAACACCGCAGAGCUCACCGAUCCUGGCUUCGGAUAUUACAAGGUCAAUGAAAUGGUGGACGCAAGAGACUUGAACAUGGGGGCGUGGUUCGAGGCCCAGAUUGUGAACGUCACCAAGUCCACCAAGACCCCCAAAGGAGACGAGGCUGAAGGGAAGCCCACAGAGGAGGAGAUACUAUACCACGUUAAAUAUGAAGACUACCCGGAGAACGGCGUGAUCGAACUUCUGGCCAAGGAUGUUCGCCCAAGGGCCCGCACUGUGUUCCAGUGGCACCAGUUGGAGCCUGGCAUGAUCGUGAUGCUCAACUACAACCCGGACGAUCCCAAGGAACGCGGGUACUGGUACGACGCUGAGAUCCAGAAGAAAAGGGAGACGCGUACCGUACGAGAGAUUUAUGCCAAGAUCCUUCUCGGGGACGCGGGUGAUUCUCUCAAUGACUGCCGCAUCAUGUUUGUGACUGAAAUCUACAAAAUCGAGGAACCUGGUUGUACAAACGACGCUCCCGCCGGAUCUGAGAGUCCUCUGAAACGCUCCAACGGACCCGAGUGCAAGCGUUGCAAGGACGACCCCGAUAAAAACUGCCGCUGGUGCAACUGUAACAUUUGCGGCAUCAAGCAGGACCCAGACAAGCAACUCCUGUGCGACGAGUGCGACAUGGCCUAUCACACGUACUGCCUGAACCCACCACUAACCACCAUCCCGGAGGACGAGGACUGGUAUUGCCCAAAUUGCCGUAUCGACACAAAUGAAGUUGUGCUCGCCGGAGAGAAGCUGAAAGAGAGCAAGAAGAAAGCCAAGAUGGCGUCUGCCAGCUCCUCAAGCCAGAGGGACUGGGGCAAGGGAAUGGCUUGUGUGGGUCGAACAAAGCAGUGCACCAUUGUCCCAUCAAACCAUUACGGCCCCAUCCCCGGCGUCCCUGUGGGCUCCCUAUGGAAGUUCAGAGUGCAGGUCAGCGAGUCCGGUGUCCACAGGCCGCAUGUAGCUGGGAUACACGGCAGGAGCAACGACGGCGCGUAUUCUCUCGUCUUGGCGGGAGGCUAUGAAGAUGAUGUGGAUGAUGGAAACGAGUUCACGUACACCGGUUCUGGAGGGCGAGAUCUGUCCGGGAACAAAAGGACUGCUGAGCAAUCAUGUGACCAGACACUUACUCACAUGAACCGCGCCCUUGCUCUCAACUGCAACGUCCCGGUCAACGACAAGAAUGGUGCACAGGCAAAGAACUGGAAGGACGGCAAGCCGGUCCGCGUGGUUCGCAGCUGCAAAGGUCGAAAACACAGCAAAUACUCGCCCGAAGAAGGAAACCGAUAUGAUGGCAUUUAUAAGAUUGUCAAGUACUGGCCAGAGAAAGGCAAAUCUGGCUUUUUGGUUUGGCGCUACCUCCUCAAACGUGAUGACGACGAGCCGGCACCGUGGACCAGAGAUGGCAAGGAACGCAUCAAGAAGCUCGGUCUUGUCAUGCAGUAUCCUGCGGGCUAUCAGAAAGAGAAGGAGAACAAAAGUGAGGUGGAAGAGGAGGAGACACCCAGCAAGGCAAAGAGGAAGAGAAAGUCUGAGAGCGGCGGCUCCGGCAAGAGUUCACCAGCAAAGAGUCCCAAGAAAGUGAAAGUGGAGGUUUACAAGCUGUCUGGAGAACAGAAAGCGCUCAUCAAGAAUGAUAAGCAAAACAAAAAGCUGUGGGAUGAAGCCAUGGAGUCUCUGUCACUCGGACCGAAAUUCCUGAACAAAGUUGAAGAGGUGUUCCUCUGCAUUUGCUGCCAAGAAGUGGUCUAUCAGCCCAUCACCACCGAGUGCCAACACAAUGUCUGCAAGGAAUGCCUUCAGCGAUCCUUCAAAGCAGAGGUGUACACCUGCCCGGCCUGCAGACACGAUUUGGGCAAGAACUACUCCAUGGCUGUCAACAAGCCGCUGCAGGAGAUCCUACAUCAGUUUUUCCCAGGUUACACCAACGGCCGAUGAUCAUGGCCUUCCUCCGUCUCAGCGAUGCAAAAAAAAAAAAAGUGUAAGGGCAAUUUUCCAGUCGAGAGGCAAUAAAAGAAUCAUUCUUUUUCUUAAUAUAUAUUUUUUUAUGAAUUUUAUAGCUUGACCGUUUUUUAAUGCGGACUCCAGUGCAACCAUCUGGUCCUUCAUUGACGUUGUAGUUCAUGGUAAAUUUGAAAAUUGUUAUGCCGUUGCUACCCUAAAAUGUGAUUUUUUUUUUUUUUUUUAAUUUUCUUUAGUGUUCCCGUUAACUCGUACACGAUGGCCGCCGAGUAAAAGCAGUCGGCCUGAUUAAUCCGUUUUCAAAAUUGAGCCCUCAGAAGUGGUUAAGAUAUCUGCCCAAUUGUAUAUAUUUGUGAGGCAGAUUAAUUUUGGUGCAAUUAAUUUUUUCCAAAAUCCGUUAGCUAUGUCUUUUUUUACCCUCACCCAUGUCAUAUUAAAAGAAACUAAUGCAUACAUUAGCCUAGCUAUUCUGUCAAAUGAUCCAUAUAAAUAUGCCAUUUUUCUCCCUAUGUAAUCAAAUGAUUACUGCAUGAAGAGGAAAUACGUGCAACCGUAUAAUUUUUUUUUUUUGUACUUUUGAAGUUUUCAAUGCACUGUAGCGUUGCAAGUCAGAUAUUUUAAAUAUAUCUAAGUAUUUUGAUCGGUAGGAAAAGGUCGACUUCCAAAGAAGCAUGUAAUGUAGAACUCCCCCGUCUAGUCAGCUCUUUAACCGAGUCUAGAAAUCUCACAUGUAUUUUAUUUCACUUUUUUUUUUAUUAACGUAUCGCUGAUUUUUUUUUUUUUUUUUUUUGUAACUACUAAAUAAUUGCAUUGAUUUUUUUUUCUUCCACUCUGUUCUCCUGAAUUGAUUCUUUAAUUGAACUCCAGUAUAUUGUUGUAAUUGCCGCGGCUUGCUUGUCCUUUUUUUUUUUUAUGAUUUAUUUGCAAAAUGAAUUUCAACAGGAGUUUGAACACCCACCACAUGGCAGCUCUGCUCAAGUGUCUGUUGUCUUGGCAGUUUUGCAAAAUGGGGGGAAAUGUAUAUUUUUUUCAGAAAUUGUAUAAUGUCCAUUUUAGUUUUGAUAUGGUUUUAGAAACUACACGUUGCAAUUUUGUCAAUACAUUGCUAUUCAAUAA